AUGCAGUUCUACAGGAAUAGGAGUGUGCGGAUGCAGUCGUUGAGGGUGCGGAGGAUACGCUCGGCGCGGCCGUUUUGUUGGGAUGUGUAUGGACAGAUCACCGAGCGUCUUCGCGCUGAGUUUGCCCUCAAGGACUUGGGGACCCUGCACUACUUCCUCGGCAUCGAGGUCGUACGUCGCACCGACGGCUUCUUCCUUCAUCAGCGCAAGUACGCCCACGAGCUCCUGGACCGCGCCGGUAUGCUUAAUUGCAAACCUGCGGCCACACCUGUCGACACGAAGUCCAAGCUCUCCGCCACGGAUGGUUCGUUGGCCAUGGAUGCGUCAUUUUAUCGCUCCAUCGUCGGUGCCCUGCAGUACCUCACCUUGACCCGCCCCGAGCUGCAGUGGCCCUUGGACACAUUCGAGUACUUCAUGUGCCCACCUCCGAACAAUUUGAGGAUAUCAUGA